AUGGUGUAUUUGAGGUUACAGCCAUAUAGACAGUCAUCGCUCAAGAAGAGCGGAGCAAAGAAGUUGAGACCCCAGUUUUAUGGCCCCUAUAGAGUCAUUCGCAGGGUAGGUGAGGUUGCCUACGAGAUAGAGCUUCCAGAGGGUAGCCGUGUGCACAUUGUGUUCCAUGUGUCGAGGCUUAAGAAAGCCAUUGGUCAGGGUGUGGUGCCUUCAGCAGAUUUACCUCUAUUAGAUGAGGAAGGGAGACUAGUGCUGAUCCCUACGGCUAUUUCGGAUGUCAGGGAAAGGACACUCAGGAACAGAAUCGUUAAGGAAUACUUGAUCAACCACGAGCGCAGAAUUGAUAAGCUGGAAGAGUAUGUGGUUGACAUCAAAGACAACCUAAAUAAUCUGGUGGAAAUUAGCAGGGAGAUGAUGAGUAACAGCAAGCUGAGGGAUUGA